AUUAAAUCCUUUAUCAAAUUGAGGUUAGUUUAAAACUUAACCUAUACCCAUUGUAUUUACGCAAUGUAAACGCGGAAAGAAAUACAUCUUUCUAUAUUUGUUCCCAAGUAUUAAGUUCGUUGUUAUUGUAAUAUUAUGACCACACAAAUGUUUAAAAAAAUUCUAUUAGAUUUUAAAUAUAACAAUAGUAAUUUUAUUAAAUGUUCUCGUUCUAUUUAUUAUGUUUCCAAUGUGCGUCUAUCUAAAAAAUUUUUUUACAAUAAUAAAAUAUUAAUAAGAUAUUUUUCAAAUAAACGAAAUUUAUCAAAUAUGAAAAAUACUUAUCGGCAAAUACAUCCAGAAAUCCUUAAAAAACCAUUAUUAUGUAAUAAGUAUAUUCCACAAACCAUAAGAAUUUCUACUAAUUCUAUCAUUAUUAAUAGUAGUAGAAAAUAUUCAAAUACAACUCCUAAAAUUAUAAAUGAAUUUGCCGCAUAUAAUAAUGGAAUUUUUCAAAUGAUUUCUGAAAGCUUACCUGUGGAAUUGGUUACAGAAGCUUUAAGAUUGAUGCAUUAUCAAACAGGUUUACCAUGGUGGGCAAGUAUCAUGCUUACUUCAAUUAUAGCAAGAACAAUUAUAAAUCUCCCAUUAAAUAUACUUGAUGUUCACACAAAAGCAAAACAAGAAAAUUUGAAAUUUGAAUUGAAGGAAAUUGCAGAAAAAAUACAAAAUAAAGUGCAAAGGGAAGUAAUAUCUUUAAAACUAUCUCCAUAUCGUGCACGUUAUCUUUUUACACGUGAUUUUAAUAAGGAACAAAAACAAUUAUACAUAAAAAAUAAUUGUCAUCCAUUUAAAAGUGUUGCUAUAAUAUUAUUACAAGCACCAAUAUGGAUAAGUUUUUCGGUUGCAAUAAGAAAUAUAUGUUAUAUGUUGCCUCAAGUUUUAAAAAUUUUAUUGUUAGCUACUGUCCAAGAUUUUAAGGAAUUAACUACUGGUGGUUUUGGAUGGAUACAAAAUCUCAUAGAUAUAGAUCAUUAUUUUAUAUUACCUUCUCUAUUUGGACUUUCAAACUUAGCUAUAUUAGAGAUAAAUCAAGUAUUAUUUCAUGUAAAAGAUUCAAAGUUUAGUAGAAUUUAUAAGAAUUUCUGUAGAGUACUUAUAAUUGGUUUUGUACCAUUAAUAGCAUGUUUGCCAUCGUGUUUAUCAUUGUUUUGGGUCACCAAUAAUUGCUGUGCAAUAGUAUAUAAUCUAUUGCUUCUAUCUCCAAAAGUUCGUCGAUUAGGAAAAAUACCUAAAACCGAUUCUGAACUCAGGCGUCCAUAUACGGAAUUGUAUAAACGAUUAUUAGAGAAAUUAUAUUUAAGGAAAUUUUUAGCAUAAACAUAAUGCUAAUGUAACAUAGAAAUAAAACUGAAUAUCUUUUUUCUCAUAUCGAUGUAUAAUUUAUUAAAAAAGAUAAUAAAGAAAUAAUUAUUAAAGUAUUAUUAAUAAAUAUAUUAUAAAUAUAUUAUAUUAUACGAUAUUGUAAUAUUAUAUAUUACAAUAUUAAUUGUAAGAUUUAUUUCAUCUAUGAUUGAUCCGCACCUUUGAUCCUGAUAGAACUAAGGUCGUAAAAAGUGUUUAUGUUUGAUUGUAAAAAUAAAAGAUGACAAAAAAAAUUCACUUCUGGUGAUAACGCAUUAAAUCAUAUUCAUAAGCAUUUAUGCUUAGAAGAUACGUAUAUAUAAAAUUCACUUCAUUAACAAACAACAUACUUCAACGAACGGAUUUGAAAGAAACAGAAAUCAUGGCUAAUAUCAAGUUUUUCACAUUUUUGCUGUGCAUCAUUCUCUGUGUCGAUUUCUUCUGUAAAUUAGCGACAG